AUGGCCAAACGCAUCGCCGACACACAAAUGACCCGUGAGGCGUUGGAUGCUGCGGGAUCUGACGGCGACGAAAGAGAUGUGGUUGAUUCCCAAGCGGGUCUCCAUAGAGCGACAAGUGACGUUAUGCGCAAGCGGAAGAUUGCGCAGCCAAGAAAACGGAAACAACAGUUAGCCUUCGGUAAUGGCAACGGCGUUGGCAGUCAAGAAUCUUCCAUGGCAAAUGCAUUUUCAUUUGGAAAUGCAACAGGCACAGCGGCCGCCUCUACUGCCACUACUAAUAGUGCCUCUGCCGGCGCUUUCUCUGGUUUCAAGUCAGCUUCCUCAAAAAGCGCAAGCACUCCAUCAUCCGAUAAUAAUGAAAUCGCUGCCAAGCGGAAUGCCCUUAACUUGCAAUUUCAAACCAAGAUUGCCGAGUUCGUCUCCAAGGAUCCGUGUGCCGACCUCUCCAGCGUCUUCGAUCAAUACAAACGCUAUUUCCUAGACAUCUCAGGCACUGCGACAAGCCCCACUACUUCUGUCCCUCUUCCAACACCCAUCUCGAAACCAGCUCCUAACUCUCAACCGGAGACUUCGGAUUCGGAGCCCGAAGCCGAAGUCAAAGUUGAAGGUCCAACUUUUUCCUUAGCCCAAAAGCCAACCACCAAUGAUUCAGUUUUCAGUUUUGGCGCCAAGAAAAAUCAGAAACCUGAUCCCAGCGAUUCCGAAAGUGAUAUUGAGAUAAAGGGCCCUUCUUUCACAUUUCAAUCGACUUCUUCUACAGCCCCCACCAAAAGUGUGUUUCAGUUCAAGUCUGAGCCCAAAAGUAAAGAAACUUCCGAUGUGCCAAAACCUGCGCCCGCUACCAAUCCCGCGAGUGUAACUGCCAAUACAGCUAGCCAAGAAAGUAGCACAGCUGAGACAGUGCCAAAGUUUAGCUUUGGUUCAUCCGCAUCUUCAGCGUCUACUUCAACGAAGCCUGUUUUCGGCUCGAAUGCUGCUGCUCAAACAGUUCCGAAGCCCACUUUCGCGUUUGGGCAACCUUCCAACGAUAUAAGCACUCCGAUGAGUGUUGAAUCAAAAAAGCCGGCGGCAUUUUCAUUUGGAUUUAAUGCUGCUAAGACCAGCGAUAAUAAUAGCCAAUCUAAGCCAACUUUCUCGUUUGGUCAGUCCGCUAGUACUAAUACUGCUAACGGUACUGCGAAACCAAGUUUCACUUUCGGCACUCCUGUUACUUCCAAACCAAAUGAUACCGAAGACGCUUCUGCGUCAGAUGAUCCCAGCAAAUCCAAAGGUGAGGAAUCUUCCAAGCCUAAACCCGUCACUUUUGGUUCUUCCUUCAGUACCGGCAAGAAAGACGAAUCUAAUCCGACUUCUUCAUUUUCCUUUGGUCAAAAGCCAGAUACUGGUCUUGAAGAUGGGGAAAAGCCUAAGCCUUCUUUUACAUUUGGAGCUCCUGGUACUGCUGCCGCACCAAGUUUCAGCUUUGGUAAGCCAGCUGAAUCUAAGGAACCACCAUCUGGCGGAUUCAAAUUCAAUCUACCUUUCUCCUCCAACGCACCAUCCAACGACUCGCAAAAAGCCAAUGAGGCGCCACAAGCAGAGAAAGAUACGGAGACAGAAGCGCACUCGGCGACUGAGGAGUCAAAUGGCAUCACCAUGUCGAAUGGCGAAGAAGGAGAAGAAUUGCUGUUCUCUAAACGGGCUAAAUUGAUGGUAAUAAAUUCUGAAACUAAAGGUUAUGAAUCUCGCGGAGUGGGAGAGCUAAAAGUUUUACAGAGCAAAGACGACAAGACGAAAGUCCGGAUUCUGUGCAGAUCAGACGGAAUGGGGCAUGUUCUUCUUAAUACAGGUUUAGUUAAAAGCUUUCAGUAUGUGCCCGCAGAUGCUGAUAAGGAAAACUUUGUGAAAUGCCCUGUGGUUAACAGCGAGGGAAAACUCGAAAACUAUAUCAUCAGAGUCAAACAAAAAGCCGAUGGUCGUCAACUGUGUAAGUCUAUUAAAGAGGCCCAAGACAACAUGUAA